AUGGGGUUGCUCGAAGUAGACCCGGUCAUCAAUAGCAAUCAUGUGGAUGCAAAUGAUAGCCGAACGAUACCAGUGAAGGGGGUUUCCGAGGAUAGCGAGACUUGGGUAUAUCCACAUCCGACUGACUUCCAGAUCAGCGAUCACCCUAUUGAUGAGGUUCGAGCUGUGAAGGUCGCAAUCAUUGGGGCAGGACUGGCUGGAAUCGAAGCCACCAUCCUGCUCAGGGCCAAAGUCCCCAAGAUUGAUCUGACUGUGCUGGAGAAAAACGCCGAUGUGGGAGGCACUUGGUACGAGAAUGUGUAUCCCGGCGUGAGAUGCGAUAUUCCCGCCCACGUCUACCAGGCCACCUUCUCACCGAAUCCUUUCUGGACGGAGGAGUACGCCCAGGGACCCGAGAUCUUGGCGUAUUGGACGUCGGUUGCGCGGAAGUACAACGUCUAUGAAAGCGUGAGAUUCCGCACCAAGGUCACGGGAGCGUAUUGGGAAGCCUCUACAAGUCAGUGGCGUGUGGAGUCGACCAAUCUCGACGACAAUACGCAGAACACCACCUACUACGACUUCGUCAUCACGGCGAUCGGGCACUUCAAUGAGUGGAAAAUGCCGGACUAUCCUGGCUUGAGUACGUAUAAAGGCCACCUUCGUCACUCAAGCAACUGGGAUCCGGGGUUUGACCCCACUGGCAAGCGAAUCGCCACGAUCGGGAACGGAGCAAGCGGCAUCCAGAUUACCACGGAGUUGCAGAAGGUAGCGGCUCACGUAGACCACUAUGCUCGCAGUCGCACAUGGAUUGCAGGAAACUUCAAUCCGGCACUGAAGGAGCGCCAAAACACGCCCAUGUCCUUUUCCCCCGAGCAACUGGAGUCGUUCAAAGAUCCAGAAAGCUACUUGACAUUUCGCAAAGCGUUGGAAGGCAACUUCUUCCGAGGUUUCGACAGCCAGCUGCGAGAUUCGGAGUCGACUAAGCAGGCUACGAAGAACUUCAAGGAGAUGAUGAGGAAGAGGGUAGCCGAUCGGCCUGAGCUGCUGGAGACCCUUGUGCCAGAUUUCCCACCGCAUUGCAGAAGGCUCACACCCGGACCGGGUUACUUGGAAGCACUCACGAAGGACAACCUGAGCUUCAUACAGACUCCAAUCGAACGGUUCUACGAGGAUGGAAUCGUCACCAUCGAUGGAGUGCGGCGAGAGGUGGACGCCAUCAUCUGUAGCACAGGAGCGAAUGUGCACUAUGCUCCGCCCUUCCCGAUUGUGUCGGGACAAUACGACCUCUCCCGUGACUGGCGGCCCGAUGGCAAGUUCGGCUGGCCGUACAGCUAUCUGGGCCUAACGACGCCCGGCUUCGCUAACUUGUUCUACUUGCUCGGCCCUAACCCGGCUGGUCCCACUGGAACUGUUCCUCAUGCCGUCGAGACGCAGAUCACUUACGUGGCCAAGAUGCUGCGCAAGAUGUCAUCGCAAGGAAUCAAAACGAUGGCCCCAUCAAAAGCUGCGACGGACGAUUUUGUCAGCUACUGCGACGCCUUUUUCCCGCGCACGAACAUCAGCCUCAAGUGCUCCUCGUGGAGCAAUGGCGGUCGUCCCGGCGCUCGCAUUCACGGACACUGGCCAGGAAGCGGAGCACAUGUCAACCAUGUCCGUCGAGAGCCGCGCUGGGAAGACUACGAAUACACCUACAUCCGGCCCGAGAAUCGGUUCGCGUACUUUGGCAACGGGCAGACGGCGAAGGAAGAAGAUCCCCACAGCGACAUGACGCCGUAUCUGCGGUUGGAAGAGGCAAACGACUUACGAGACCUGCACGAGCGAUGGUGGGAUCUCUGA